GUGGCUGCAGGUCCUCGGGGCGAAUGUAUACGGCUCGGGAGCACUUGGGGGGAGCCUGGGGAGCUCUAACCGGGCUCUUUAGGGCGCGGGAAUUUCCCAUUCUCAGACCUUGGUCAGAUGGAGAAGGAGGCUGCGAGGAAGAGGAAGAUGCCCCAGGACACCCAGGCAGACAAGGAGCUGAGGAUGGAGACCAGGGAGGACAAAUCCCUACAGCAGAACCUGGUGGAAGAGGCCGUUUUGAGCAGCUCCACGGUGCAGGAAUCCAAUGGGGAGGAAAAGCCCCGACGACCCCGCAGGAGAAAGGGCUCCAAACCCAUCCCAGGGUGCUCUGAGGAGGAAAGACCCACCCUGUGCCAGGAAGGCGGCCGGAGAUCCAGCCAGGGCUCUGAGCUGGUGGUCCAUGAUCAGCUUCAGGAUGGGGAGAAGCGCUACAAGUGCUUGGAGUGUGGGAAGAGCUUCAGCCGGAGCAACAGCCUGAUCCGCCACCAGAUGAUCCACACUAGGGAAUGGCCCUAUCAGUGUGGGGAAUGUGGGAAGGGCUUCAGCUUCAACUCUGACCUCGUCAUCCACCAGCGCAUCCACACUGGGGAGAGGCCCUACGAGUGUCCUGAGUGUGGGAAGAGGUUUCGGACCAGCCCCCAUCUCCUUAGACACCAGCGGAUUCACACAGAUGAGAGGCCCUUUCACUGCCCCGACUGUGGGGAGGGCUUCAAGCAAAGCUCCCACCUCAUCAGGCACCAGCGCAUCCACACUGGGGAGAGGCCCUACGAGUGUGGGGAAUGUGGGAAGAGCUUCAGCCAGAGCUUUAGCCUGAUCUGCCACCAGAGGACACACACCGGAGUUCAGCCCUAUCAGUGUGGGGAAUGUGGGAUGACCUUCAGCCAGAGGUCCCAACUGACCAUCCACCAGAUGAUCCACACUGGGGAGAGGCCCUACGAGUGUCCCCAGUGUGGGAAGAGGUUUCAGACCAGCUCCACUCUCCUCGUGCACCAGCGGAUUCACACGGAUGAGAGGCCCUUCCGCUGCCCCAACUGCAGGAAGGGCUUCAAGCAAAACUCCCACCUCGUCACCCAUCAGUGCAUCCACACUGGGGAGAGGCCCUACGAGUGUCCCCAGUGUGGGAAGAGCUUCUCAGACAGGUCUAACUUGGCCAGACACCAAUGGAGGCACCGGUAAGGGAGGCCCUGCGAGUGCCCCAAGUGGAGGAAGAGCUUCGUGUGCUGCCCCAGCUCCAUCCCCAAUCAGAGGACCCACGUUGGGCCGAGCUCUGAUGACCCACGUUCCCAGUGAUCUGUGUUGGGAACACACUGGGUUGCUGGUCAUUCUGGUUUGGUUCUAUCUUUUGAUUCAUCUGCAUUCCUGUAAAACAGACAAAAUCGGGGCAAAAUCUAUGAAUUCAUCAAAGGCAACUAAAGCCUCACUUUUCACUAGUGCUUUAAGGGAAUCUGGGAUUCAAGGAGAUACUUGGGAGUAUUUGGGGAUUUUGGGGGUAUUUGGUGGAGUUGUCUCCACUUCUUGGCACUCAAAGAGAUGAGAGGGUUCUAUCUGUCACCUCAAAACCACUCAAUGCCACUGAAAACUACUCAGUCCCACCCAAAAUUACUGGAUUCCACAGCCCCUCAGGGUGUGAUAUCUUAAGUUUUAGCUUUCAUAUUUUUCAUAUUCUGCACUGCCUAGGUUUGUAGUUUUGAACUUCCUAUUAAGUGUUAGUGAGCUCUCUUCACAGAGUAGGUAGACAAAACAAUUCCUUUUCUAGCUUGAUAUCAAGGACAAUUGUUACAAGUUCCAGGCCCAAAAGCAUAAACAAGGGUGGACUGAAGAGAGAAAACAGGAAGGAUGGGACUUGAUCAUCUGAAGCUGUAACUGGACAAUGAACUCCAAUAUCCAGAUGAACCUGAACUUCUAAAAAUGUGAGACCUCAUGAUCAGUUGUCCAUUUUUGUGACCAUUUUUGGUCCAUCUUGGAUGUAGCCCUGGCCAGGUUCUUGUGCUGCUCUAGAUGUAUCAUUUAAGGCCUUUUAAUAAACUUUAUUCUUAACUCUG